GUUUUAUAAAGGUUAGUAAGGUUAAUUGCAAUAACAACGCACUCCAAAUUGAAGUAUUGAAAUUAUGGAGAAAGAAGCACAAAUUAAUUCAAAUUUAUACUAUUGUGUAAACUUAGUUGAUAAUACAGAAGUGAACAUUAAAGAAGAAGUCGAUACUGAUGAAAACACAGAAGAUGCUGAUGAAAGUUUAUUGUAUGAAAAUACAGCUACCUCAAGUGAAAAAUCAGAAUAUAAGUGUAACACUUGCAAUAAGAGCUUUAUACAUUCUAGUUCUCUAAAAAGACAUCAGUCUCAAUUUCAUAAUACUAUUCAGCUUUGGCAAUGCGAAGUUUGCAAAAAAUACUUUGCUACAGAAAUAAAUUUAAAGAAACAUCAACUUACUCACACCCCAGAUAGUAUUAAAAAUAACAGUGAUAUUGUAGAAACGGCUGAGAGGCCUUACGAAUGUGAAUAUUGUCAUAGAAGUUUUGUUCGAUUAACACAUUUGCAGAGACAUGUUAAAAUACAUUCAUCCAAUGUACCAUUGUUCAAGUGUCAGAUUUGUGAUAAAACUUAUACACAAGAAGUCAGUCUUAAGCAGCAUGCAGCAAAACAUGCUGCUUAUUAUGAGUACAACUGCCAUAUAUGCCAUAAACAAUUUAUAAGGCUUUUAGAUCACGUGGAACAUAUGAAGGAACAUGAAGCGCAAAAUAGAAAUGCUGCAGAUCUUGAAUGGACCAAUGAUCAAAUCUGUGUAUUAAUAAAUUUGUUCAAGGAUAAAAGAGAAUUGUGGGAUCCUUCUGAUUGGAAUUAUGUAAAUAAGCAAAUAAAACCGCAAGCAUGGCAAGACAUUGCUAAUGCAUUGAAUAUGACCAAGCAUGAAGUAGAAACUAAAAUUUGGAGCUUGAUAAGCAGAUAUCAAAUGGAAGAAAGAAUGAGACGAAUUAAUGGAAAUGAGUCACAAUGGUUUGCUUUUAAACUAUUUGCAUUUUUAGAGACUAGAAAUAGGCCCAGAAUCAAUCUACAAAAUAGAUCAUUGGAGUCAAAUGAAUCAACUGAUGAAUCAUACAAAGAUGAUGAAUUCAACAAUAAACGAAACACAGUCACUCCUAGCAAAUUAGAGUUAACAAAAAAAUCAAAUUUAAAUAUUAAUUCCAAGAAUUACAAAUAUGUGUCGUCAGAAACAUUAAACGAGCGAUUAAACAAUAAUGAAAGCAUAUUUUAUCCAAGUGCAGAAAAAAGGAAUAAUUGUUACAAUAUAGCAGAAAAUUCUCAAAAAGAAUUGCAAGUUGCUACUACAAGUAAUGAUAUGAAUGGAAAGAAAAUUGAAGAAAUGUUAAGCAAAGAAGUGCAAGUUUGUGAGCCAGUUAAUAAUAAAAAUUAUUUAGAUAAAUUAACAAAAUCUGAUGAUUUAAAUUCAUGCAACCUCUUAAGAAAACUUUAUAACAAAAUGUCUAGAGACGAAUAUGAUAUUUUUGGAGAAAGUAUAGCAUGUGGUAUACGCAAUCUAAAAACCUCAUAUGCAAAAAGCACAGUGAAAUAUCAUAUCAAUAACAUUUUAUAUCAAGCAGAACUAGGGCAUUAUGAUCAUCCACCAUGUAUUGGAAGAAAUUCAAAACAAAAUUCUGUGAACAAGGCUUCGGAAUCGAUUGUUUCCCAAGAAGUUUCCACAGUAGAUGAUUUAGACAAUAUGUUGAAUGAAUUGUGAUCUGAACUAAAUUAAAAAAGAAACAAAUAUCAAAGUAAACGUAUACAUCUAUUUCUGCUUAUUGAUUUGUAGCAGUUGCCAUUAUGGAAUAUUGGACGCUUACUAUGGCUGCUAUGCAGUCAAUAUUAGCAUAUGGCCAAAAUUAAUAAAGAGAUCUCUCACUUAUUAGGUUCUACAAUAGAUACAGUUAUAUUUACUUAACAACAAUAAUAAUGGUAUAUGACAAGUAAGAUAACUAAUUGUAAGUUUAA